CUGGCGGCUCCAGCCGCCGCUCCCUCCAGCGCGCAGCCUCCGCUGGCUCUGCCCCCAGCGCUGCAGCCCGCGACCUGGGACCGCGCGGACGUGGCCUUCCCCGAGCUCUGGCGGCGCUCGGCUCUCACCCUCCCGGCUGCAGCCUCCAGCGAGGCACCCCCUCGGCGCGCCCGCCGCGCCCCUCCCCGGGCCCGCCCCUCCGUCCCCAGGGCGCGCGCAGUCACUGCCGGUGCGCCCCGCCAGCCUGCGCGCCCGCCCGGGCAGGCGACGAUGGGGAGGCCGAGCCCGGCCCUCUGCCGCCGGCUCCCCGGCCCACCCUUCUCACUGCCCCCAAGCCCGUGACGCGGCGGCGCCGGCCCAGACACAAAGCCCGAGGCUGGGGGGGUCGCCCGGGGGCUGAGGCCACGUCCUGGGGUCGCCGCGAGCCCCGGCGCCAUGCGAGCCUGUGCCAGCUGCCCGAUGCCCCGGAGGAGCCCGCGCGCCCGCCGGGGCCGCCUUGCGCCCUCGGGGUCGCGCAGGUGAGAGCGGACCCUGACCUGGGGGCAGAGCUGCAGCCGACCCAGCCCCGGUGAGCAGCCUCGGCACGGAACCGGCUGCCCGGGAGGCGGGGACCAGUGGGUUCCGAAGGCUUCCCGAGGCGCGGCAUCCGAGGCCGUGCGGACCAACGGCUUGAGAGCAGCGGGAGACCCGCGGGGCGGCACUGACCCUGCUCCGGGGCAGUCUCGGAGGUUUCUGGGAGAGUGCAUGCCAGUGUGUACAGCAGCCCGUCGCGACACUGCCCUCAGCACGCAGAGAGCCACUGCCGGCAACAGCUGGCACUGAACCCAGAGAGGAGACACUGGUGCCCUGCAUGAACUGACUCGGAGCUUCAGUGCAGUCAACGAGCCCUUGCAGCCCUACACCAUGGAGGCCGGUCAGGACAGCUCCCUCUUCCUGGUGAAGAUUUUGGAGGAGCUGGACAGCAAGCAGAACGCGGUCUCCUACCAGGACCUGUGCAAAUCUCUGUGCACCCGCUUCGACCUCUCGCAGCUCGCCAAGCUGAGAAGCGUUCUCUUCUACACGGCUUGCCUGGAUCCCAACUUCCCAGCCACGUUGUUCAAGGACAAGAUGAAGUGCACGGUGAAUAACCAGCAGUCAAAGAAAAUCAUGGUGGCCGCAGACAUUGUGACAAUAUUCAACCUGAUCCAAAUGAACGGCGGCGCCGCCAAGGAGAAGCUGCCCCCUAGCCGGCAGAAGGCACGAAAGAAGGAGGCGUCCUUCGAAUCGUGCAGGUCAGAUGCGGAGUCCUGCAACGCGGCCGAGUGUGAGCCCCUCAACUGUGAGCUGGGCGAGCGGCCCUUCGGCCGGGGCUACCCCACUCGGCAGUCGUCCAAGUGCCGGAAGCUGGACUGCAAGGACUGCCCACAGUUCGUGCCCGCCUCCGAGCCCAACUUUCUGCUGGGCGUCAGCAAAGAGGCGAAAGCCCGAGCUGCCUCCCUGGACAGGCUGCAGGCCCUGGCCCCAUACUCGGUCGCCAGCCCCCAGCCCUGCGAGAUGCAGAGGACCUACUUCCCCAUGAACAUCGAGAACGAGUCCAUCUCGGACCAGGACUCGCUGCCCAUCACCCAGGGCAUCAAGGACACGUUCAUUUCCAAUGACGAGCCCUUCAUGGUCCAGUCCUGUGUCCAGAAGAGGACCAUCUUCAAAGAGGACUUUCACAACCUGAUGACCGUGUCCCCCAGUUUGGUCGGCCCCGCUACCAAGGCAGAGGGGCAGCACGGGGAGCCCCAGAGCCGGAAGGAGCCCCAAAAGCCACCAUUUUUCAAUCACAGCUUUGAAAUGCCCUACAACAGCCAGUACCUGAGUCCUGUGUACUCCCCCAUCCCUGACAAGAGGCGGGCAAAGCACGAAAGCUUAGAUGACCUUCAAGCCUCCACCUAUUUUGGACCCACUCCCAUGAUGGGGACCCAGGAGGCCAGGCGCUGUUCAGGGAGGCCUGGCAAGCAGACCCCCUGGCCAGCCAAAAGCUGGAGCCUAAACACGGAAGAAGUCCCUGACUUUGAACGGUCCUUUUUCAGCAGGAACCCUUCCGAGGAGAAGCUACGCUAUCCAAAUCCCAGCAGCCACACACCCGCCUUCCCAGCCCCGGACCGGCACCCUGCCUACCUCACGCCAAAGGACCAAGAGCCAAUGCUCCCCGUCGGCUACGCAGCAAAACCCAACGGGCUCAAAGCUAAAGAGAUCUCUUCCCCUGCUGAUCUUGAGAAGCACGAACCCAUUAAGAAGUUCAAAGACAAGGGCAUCGGCUGCAGCAGUGGGCAGCUCAGCUCCGACACCAGCAGCGUCGGCACCCAGACCGAGCAGCACGCGCUGGAGCCCAAGAAAUGCACAGACCUGUCUGGCUCGGGACAGGGCAAGUACGCGGACAGGCACGCCGCCAAGCAGUCGGAUGACGACUCGGAGAUUGUCAGCGAUGACAUCAGUGACAUUUUCCGAUUCCUUGAUGACAUGAGUAUCAGCGGCUCGACGGGAGUGAUACAGUCGUCCUGCUAUAACAGCACAGGGUCCUUGUCUCAGAUCCACAAGUCGGACUGCGACAGCUCUCCGGAGCACAACAUAACCAAAAUUGCCAACGGGCUCCCCAGCAGCAAGGGAGAAAAGGGCAGCCGGCCUGAAACCAGCCACCGCUCGGAGGAGGAGCUGAAGACCAGUGUGUGCAAACUGGUGCUCAGGAUCGGUGAGAUCGAACGGAAGCUCGAGUCACUGUCGGGCGUCCGCGAGGAAAUCUCCCAGGUGUUGGGCAAACUCAACAAAUUGGACCAGAAAAUGCAGCAGCCCGAGAAGGCAAGUGUGCAGAUGGACCUGAAUUCCCUGACCAGCGAGGCCCCGUCAGAUGACAGCGCCUCUCCCCGGAUGUUCCGCGCACACUGUGGCUCCCGCGGGCCUGUGCUGGACAGCAGCGCCCACUGGUGCUGCUCUGAUGCCAGCGGGAGCAACAGCGAAAGCCUUCGAGUCAAGGCCUUAAAGAAAAGCCUCUUCACCAGGCCGUCCUCCAGGUCGCUGACAGAGGAGAACAGCGCCACCGAGUCAAAGAUAGCCAGCAUCUCCAACUCGCCCAGGGACUGGCGCACCAUCACGUACACAGGCCGCGCGGGUCUCAGCGAGGAGGAGGCCAAGGACAGAGGCCCUGGGGACAGCAAGGAGUGGCAUCGGAAGUCAAAAGAGGCGGACAGGCAGUACGACGUGCCCCCGCACCACCGACCGCCCAAGCAGCCCAAAGACGGCUUCCUGGUGGAGCAGGUGUUCAGCCCGCACCCCUACCCCGCCUCCCUCAAGGCCCACCUGAAGAACAACCCUCUGUACACGGACAUGCGGCUGACCGAGCUGGCCGAGGUGAAGCGCGGCCAGCCCUCUUGGACCAUCGAGGAGUACGCCCGGAACGCGGGCGACAAGGGCAAGCUGACCGCCCUGGACCUGCAGACACAAGAGUCUUUAAAUCCAAACAACUUAGAAUACUGGAUGGAAGACAUUUAUACUCCCGGCUACGACUCACUGCUGAAACGUAAAGAAGCCGAGUUCAGAAGAGCCAAGGUCUGCAAGAUAGCGGCUCUGAUCGCUGCUGCCGCCUGCACCGUCAUCCUGGUUAUCGUCGUGCCCAUCUGCACAAUGAAAUCGUGAGCCAUGGACGCUACGCGCGUGCAGCUUGGGACGGCCGGUGUCCUCCCCGGUAGCUUAGAAUCGUGCGGCCGUGUGGCGACCGUUUGUUGAAACAGAGAUGAAACUCUGGGGGCGUUUCUGCAAAUGCUGAAGGUGGUCUUCAGAAAGCAGGCAUUCCAGCGAGAAACCUAUGCACCUGUGAGCGCUGACUUCAUGGCACUCGGAUGCACGUUGAGAAGUGCAACAGCUUUUCCUGCCAAGAGAAUGGGACGAUCAAGCAGCGAUACAAAUCGGAUUCCAAGCAAAAAAAAAAAAAAAGAGGAAGGAAUAUCAAUCACAUCCUUUAUAUUUUGAUGAAGUUUCCUGGUGGGGAAUAUAUUAAACAGAAGACAUUUAAUACACGCCUUUUGGGGAGAAGUUAAGGGAGCUAGAUAGCAGGACGAGACGAGAAAGGGUGCGUUCUGUUUUCCCGAUGUUCUUAAACCAUUGCAGGUGAAGUAAGAGGGCAGAUGUUACUUGUCUGCUGACUUGGAUCAAGGGCUACUGGCUUUCCGCUCUUGGCCUUCUGUCAUUACAGUCGUCGCUGCAGAUCUUCAUGGAAACAAUUUGGACCUUCUUCCUUGUACCCAGGGUUGGGAGGAGCAGAACUGCUGAAAUCAGCCAUGGAUGAAGCAUGCUCUCUCUGACAACAGGCCAAGGCAUCCAGGCCAGGAGACCUUCCGUCCCCACCCCAAGGGUGACAGAGCUGCUUGCUAACAACGCAAGGUCAAUAUUUCAAAAUCACGGCUACCCCAAAGGGUCCCCCAUUCCUGCUUUGGUGUGGCUCCUUUCCUGACCUUCCCUCCCCUGGUGGAAACAGAUAACUGUGCUUCUCGCUCGAGAGCUGGAGUUCGGAACUUGACCUUGUGCCUUGAGGAGCAGACACGAUGGCUACGCUUGGACACUCGGACUGGAAACCAUGGUUGCCGUGCACCACUCAUGGUGGCCAUUUCCGGUGGCUUUCACGAGAUUUUGAAAGCUGGUCAGGAACAUGAUAAAGCACCGAGGUGUUCUCAACCACCCCAGCGCCCUCCAGAGUUCUGAAUAGGCAUCAGCAGUGCAAAAAAAUAGACUCCAUUUAACCGUUUAUCUAUUUAUAGGUCUAUCUCAACGACUAAUUUGGGUUUAUCGUCUUCUCUGUUUAAACAACCUGACAGCAAGGUUGCAACAGUGUACAGGAAGCCAUUGUAAUUUCAUCCGAGUUUGUUCUCCACCUGUUGAAUGGUGCUUUGACAUAACUGGGCCGAAUGAAUCCUUUUCAGCGUUUGAUUCUAAUGUCACGUUACAGGCGAAAGAAAACCGAUGAACAGAAACUACCUACCUUGAUUCUUCUGAGAACAAGGUGGGAUAUAAAUAAAUGUGGGUAGUAAGAACAAUCACUCUGGAUGAUAUAAUGAAUUCCUGAAAGAGGUUUGGGAAGUUUCUCAGAUUUUAAAGCAAUAGGAGCCCAGCAUCCAUCCCCAAAACAUCCAAAUAACGCUUAGCUGACUGUGUCUAAUUCAUUAUUCUUCACCAUAAAGGGUAGUCUGAACAUUUCAUGCUGAUAACACUAAGAGACGGAUGUUUCAUCUGUAGUGAGCCUUUAUUUGUAGAGGUCUUCAUAAUAUCAACUUCAUUCCCAAGUUUAUGUGUGGAUUUUCAACUAGGUGACUGAAACUUACGCCUUAGUAUGGAAAACUGAGAAUUUAUCAUUGAAAAUGGAAAAAAAUAUACAUAUAUUCCUGUCUAUUGUAAGAAUUUUUGUCUUUUGGUGCUCAGUUUUGGGUUGGGCACAUUAGAUAAGGUUGUUUUAUUUAUUUAUUUUUUCCCCCCCACUCCACAGGGGUUACUAGAUAACCACGCUUGGGAGCUGGGAGCUGCCAUCCCAGCCCUCCCCCUGGCCAACAUGGCCCUAUAACACACUGUCCCCACCGUCCCCCCUUUGCCACAGACUAAGCCCCGAGAGCACUGGAGACAGGUAGUUUCCAAGCUCUUACCCUGUGAUUUGCAGAGAGGUGGAGACACACUCGCCCAGGAUAAGAAAAAUCUUGUCAAAUCCCAACUGGACACCUCGUUUGCUAGGUAGGACCAUGGGGAUAGACCAAACCACUAUUGCCACUGCCCUUGGGUGACUAUUCCUAAUGGGCCCCGUCUGGGCCACGUGCCUAGCUACCUAGGCAGGGCGUGACUAUGAGCCCUACCCCACGACCCUGUAGAGUUGUUUCCACCGCUCUCACAGCUGGGGAGGUAAUCAGAGAAAUGUAGUUUUGCUCUAGCUUUUAAAUCAGCUCACCUUUGCCACAUACCGGAAAUGUCCAGACCUGGUAAUACUACUGGAGACCAGAUAAUGACGGCCCAAAGGCAAGGCGGUUUCCUCUGGAAAGGGGUUUCCUCGGCCUGAUGGCUCUGAGUCUGGUGUCAAGUUAUGGGCCUUUGUCAUGGCUGAAGUGGAUGGGUGCUUGGGGUCUCGGGGUCUGGAGAAGGUGAAGUUCACGGUUGGGCUCUGUCUCUCCAUUGACCCCCAAGCUCGUUAUGACCUUCUUUCCCUGGACCCCAGACUCACUCUAGAGCAGCGGUUCUCAACCUGUGGGUCACGACCCCUUUGGGGGUCGAACGACCCUUUCACAGGGG